AUGAAUCCCAACGUAAUCUUCGCGCGCAAGGCCAUCGCUAUGAUCGUAUUGCUCUUCAUGGGGUUGGCCGUUGGUGCUCCCAUGGAUUCUAACGAAGCCAUCACUUCCCAUGAUCCCAGCAAUCCCAGCCAGGGGAACAACACUUACAGUCCCAUCGUGGGCCAGGCCUAUGGCGGUGAUCUAACCUGGUAUGAAACCGGGCUGGGAGCAUGCGGCUGGUACAAUAACGGGGGAGACUACGUCUGUGCCGUGUCUCGUAUUGUCUUUGACCAUGCGAAUGUCGAUGGCAACCCAAACCACAAUCCCCUUUGUGGUCGACGGAUCCACAUCCAGCGAGGUGGCAACGGCAUAGAUGUCACUCUCGUGGAUCGUUGUGAGGGAUGUGCAGAGUUUGACAUCGAUGUUACCCGUAGUGUUUUCCAACAACUCGGUAACCUCGAUGAGGGCCGGGUGCACACUGAGUGGUGGUGGAUCUAG